UUGCACAAUUGCCUGCGCAGCCUUGCAUGUCAGAUAAAAGAUUGUCCUUUUCUAAAGAGCACAGAAGAGCACCGUUAUGAAGUCAUACACUAAGCGUCCAGAUUUGGGAAAGUGUCGAUCGGCGCACUAAAUCAUUUACAACAAUCCGGAUGGAAAAGCGGACAGGGCUUUAGAGGAACAGCGCCAUUCCCCUCCCCCGCCACCCAAAAUGCCGCUCUGACGCCGCGAUCAUUCCCGAAAGAGAAAGGAUCCGAGUUUAAAACGAGUAUCCCUCCCGGCUUGCCUGCACACACACUCACACACACAGACAGACACACACACCAUCCACAUCGCCGCGCAUACAGUCCCCACGCCGUCUUGUACCGCUCACACCAUCAAGCGCUUCGCUCCGCAGCCCGAACCGGACCGAACUUCCUGACUCUCGGCCAAGGGCUGAAUCUCGAUCCCCGCCUCAAUUCAACGGCGACUUAAAGGACCUUUAAGGCUGCGCGACACAUCUGAACGUCGUAUGAUUUUUAGAAAGUCACAGUAAAAGGAAACGGCAAGUGCAUUGAAACCGGUGGGGGCAGCAAGCAUUGUGUAUUGCACCAGAUCUUCAGGGAGUCAUGGACGACAUGGACCUGCCGCAGAUGAAGAAGGAGGUGGAGAGUCUGAAGUAUCAGCUGGCCUUCAAGAGGGAGAAGUCCUCCAAGACAGCCACCGACCUGGUGAAAUGGAUUGAGAAUGGGGUGUCGGAAGAUCCUUUCCUGAACCCCGAGCUGAUGAAGAACAACCCCUGGGUGGAGAAGGGAAAGUGCACCAUCCUCUAACGGAGCUCAGCAUGCUGCUGCAUCCCUACCCCCUCGAACCCGACUCGACCAAGUGCAGGCUGAUACGCACAGUGCCCCCCUACCCCCAGGAAAUGUAGGUCAUAGAAUUGGGGGAGGGGGGUUAUAACCAUGGAAUACAAAAGCAUAUAUCAAUGAAAUGUAUUUAAAAAGCCUUUAGUUAUAACCAUGAAAUAUAUUCUUCACUAUAAAAGAUUGCAAAAGGCACUUAUUAUACUUUUAGAUGUGCAUAAACGCGGCCCAUAGGUCUGCAGUGGUCGCAUCAUUGCUGUUGCUUGAGCGUUGAGGCAAAAACACUGGGGGCAAAACGCCAGCGUCCAGCCCACGAUCCACAGUCCACCGUGACGCCCUUUUAAGGCCGGCGUGCACGCGCUCACAUCCCCCAGACGCACACAUCCCAGCAAGCUUGUAUAUACAUUUAGCUACCUGUGUCUUUAUGUUAUUUAUUGAUUAUAUGAAACAUGGGUGCUGUCUGCUUUGGACGCUACAGCCCAGCCCCUUACACAGGAUGACAGGCAGCCUUUAACACCUCAGUCUGAAACGCUGCCUCUUUCUCGAAGAUCGUGUGCCUGUUAACAGUGGUUAGCGGGCCGCCAGCUGGGGCUAGUGAUGUGCAGAACCCACAAUGGGAGCCUCACCCUCAGGUUAUGGCCACGCCCCCCCCCCCCCACCGGAGGCUCAGGACAGCCGGCAGGAAUGUGGACUUUGAGUUACGAUACAUUUAACUACAAAUUUAACUACGUUUGUCAGUCUUAUUUCUGAGUGGGCUUAGAAAAUGUUCGCAUCGCAGUCAAGCACUGAUUCAAUGACAAAGCAAUAAAUAAAUUACCCUUUUUAUUGAAUGUUUUGCAAAAAAAAAAAGUUUGUCAUAUUGAAUAAAGUGGAGGAUUUUUAAGACAA